AUGAAUCACCGCACCACGCUGUUUGUGUACAGCAACGAAAAGGCGGUUUUUGACGCACUAGGCGGCAAAGACAAGGUCGUUGUUCCGGCGUCGAAGGCGUCGCCGCUCGCCAGGGAAGACCGCAUCGAGAUAGACGUCUCCCUGCUGAAACCAGAGUACCGCGACAUUCUGGGCAGGCUGCAGCUGCUCAACGUCCAGCUGGGCAGGAAACGCAACGAGGAACCGCAGUUUACGAUCUUCAGCGACCACGAGAGCCAGCCGGCAGGGGUGCGUAUCGACGUUGCUCCGCAAACAGCCCGCACCAUGGCCCAGUACGAGAAAUUGUCGCGGCUGGCUGUGGAGAUGGUUCUGCAGCUGAUCCGUGUGGACACGAAAACCACGCCCUACUUUUUCGAGGAAUGGUACCGGGCGUAUGUUUUCGAAGAGCCAGAUCUGGAAGUGUCCGCCUUGAGCAUAUGGAACACGCUGGUUGGGGAAGCGUUACCGCUAUCUUUGGCGGAACUACAACAGGCGGCGUCUCUGGAGCUUAUUCUUGAUGGAGACAAGCUGCGAUUCCUGUUUUACUGGCCUUUGGUUGACCGCCGACUGGAGUUCGCCAGAGACACGCGGGAGAUCGGCGUGUUCUAUCUGGACUCUCUGCCGGGCGACUACGACCUGAGCAUCAGCGGGGUGCGUGUUCGCGGCGACUCCAAGUUUGUGCCGACGUCGCUGUAUGUAAACUCGUUCCACACGCAGCUUCCGGGCGUUUCCGCCGAACACGUCUUUGUGGAGCCUACAGGGUUGCAUCCAAGGUACAAGGUGAGAGUUUCAGGCGAGAACGAGGCUCCAAGAUCGACGUGUCGCCUGAUUUUUGACUUGGACAUUCCGUCGACGUAUAUUGUCGACAGGUACCAGUUGGCGUGGGAUGAUGACAUUUUCAGGAACGUGUCGGUUUUCGGCAGCAGCGACUUGGAAUUGCCAAGCUAUAAAGUUUCUGAAGGCUGCUCGCUGCGUGUGGAAUUGGCCCCCGACGCGCGCGAGUUCGAGAUACCGCUGCAUCUGCGGUACGGCGAGCCAUUGCGCGGUGUAAAACCGGUCGGGCUGGCUGCGGGAGAUCUCUAUUGGGACUGUGAGACCGAUCCCGAGACAGACUCCCUAAUCCGAGGCAGCUUCAUGCACGAAAAUCGAAUAUUGGAACGCACACACUGGCAGAUGUUCCAUGUUGGCAGCCAGGGCCCAAACUACCUGGAGGCUUUGCUGCCCGUGGGGGACGUGCGCGAGAGCCGUGUGGUGGAGGGCGGCACGCUGGCGCUGGUGUCUGUUUUCGCCGUAUGGCUUGCCAAACUGUUUUGGCAGAUUUGA